AAGUUAACCUCAUUUGCACGCACUGACUGAGAAGGACAAUGGGUUAUACCAAAUCCAAUGCUGCAUAUUUGAAAGGUAUUCGUUUUUCAAGCUUUUUAAAGUAAUUUCCAGAAGAGGGCGCUGAUCUUUAUAGGUAUGAAUUGCUUCAUAAAUGCGUAGAUUAAAAGUUGGAUGCUUGUCAAAAGAGAGUCGGGGGCGAAGGAGGAGGAGGAGGACAGCGAUUACUGGCAGAAUAUUUGAAGUAACAUUAUCAUGUUGAUUUGAAACUAAACGAAAAACUUGCUGGAAGGCAGAUAAAGGCACAGAAGAUGUCAUAACAGGGGGCUCUACCUGACUUCAGGAGGCCUCUCUCUCUCUCUCGCUGUCUCUGUGGAACAUGAAAGCUGGGUUCAUUGCGUUCGGCUGGGACUGACAGAACUUGCCCACCGGUUGCCCUGGAGACACCCCUGCUCUUCUAAUUCAUGAGCCAGCAGGAAGUGGCAGUCACUGUGCUUUCAGAACGGCUCCUAAUAGCAGCGCACAAAGGCCAGGCGGACAAUGUGGUGCAGCUUAUUAACAAGGGCGCCAAGGUAGCAGUAACCAAGUAUGGACGUACCCCGCUGCAUCUGGCUGCCUACAAGGGCCACAUCGAAGUGGUGUACAUUCUGCUGAAGGCAGGCUGUGAUCUGGACUUUCAAGAUGAUAGUGAGCAGACAGCCCUGCAUCGUGCAGCAGUAGUGGGGAACACUGAUGUCAUCUCGGCUCUGCUCCAGGAGGGGUGUGCUCUGGAUCGAGAGGACAAGGAUGGUAACACUGCUUUGCAUGAAGUUUCUUGGCAUGGAUUCAGUCAGUCUGUCAAACUGCUCAUCAAGGCAGGGGCAAAUAUUCAAGCAAAGAAUAAGGCUGGGAACACAGCUCUGCACCUGGCCUGUCAGAAUGGCCAUUCCCAGAGCUGCAGACUGCUGCUUCUGGGCGGAUCCAGGCCAGACACCAAGAACAGUGUGGGUGAGACAUGUUUACAUGUUGCCGCCCGCUACAAUCAUGUGACCAUAAUUACAAUACUCCUCAGUGCUUUGUGUUCUGUUAGUGACAAGAAUCAGGCAGGGGACACGCCACUCCAUAUUGCUGCAUCUCUAAACCACAAGAAAACAGCAAGGCUUCUGCUGGAAGCAGGGACCGAUUCAACCACUUUAAACAAUGCAGGUCAGACUCCCCUGGAUCUGGCCAGAGAGCAGAACAGUCCUGAAGUGGCCUUGCUUCUCACCAAAGCUCCGCAGGUCCAGAGCUUCAGCCGAGGUAGAAGUGUGAGGAAGAGACGAGACAAGUUAAAAGAAGAGCGCCGGGCGCAGUCUGUGCCCAGGGAUGAGAUGUUACCCACGAAGGGGAGUGUGGCAGGCGACACCCACAGCAGUGACCGCCCGCCGUGCGAACGAGGAGACCGCAAGAACAAGCCCCGCUCCACCACACCUGAGCCCCGAACAAAGAAGGAUAAAAAGAAAAAGGAGAAGGAGAAGGGACCUCCUAAAAACAACCGUGUGCAGCUUCCCUCUGCAUUGACAGAGCCCGCCCCCAGGAAAGACACCCAACACCGUGAGACCAAUCAGAGGAAGAGAAACAAACAGAAUGGCCCCUCCCUCCAGCCCCCCCACAGUUAUAAGGCCUACCAGCUCUACACACUGUACAGGGGGAAGGAUGGAAAGAUCAUGCAGGCCCCAAUAAACGGCUGUCGCUGCGAACCCCUAAUUAAUAAACUGGAAAACCAGCUGGAAGCCACCAAAGAAGAGUUAAAGUCUGAGAUUCAGACUAUCCAGGAACACAUGAACAGCAAACUGGGGCAGCUCGAUCACAAGAACAAACUGCAGUUAAAGGUAAUGGAUAAGAUGACCUUGGAAAGAAUAUCUGCAGAAAGAACAGAGUGCCUCCAUCGCAUUGACCAGCGGGCUGUUCUGGAGAAGCUGGAGGGGGAAAAGAAACAGGCAUCUGUAGUCAAUGAAUUGAAAAACUGGUGCAUGUCUAAGAUCCAGAACAUUGAGGUGCGGCUUUCUGGAGAUUCCAAAAAUUCAAAACCCAAGUCCUCUACUUUUGAGGCCCUUACUGAGAGCCAGACCACCGAGAGUGACCCGAGCACUCGGGACAACGGCCUCAGUGGGGCUGCCUGCCUUCCACCCAGAGAGGCCCAGCAACAGAGCCUGGCCAAGGAGGGCUCAGGGAAACAGUACCUUGUGGUUCAAGAAGACAGCCCACCAGAUGUGAAACAGCAGCCCCUGCUGAUUGAGUUCUCUGCACCCGUUUCAAGGAGCCCCAUAGCUACUUCUCCCAGAGUCGUUCGGCCCAAAGAGCGGACAUCUGCCUCUGCUGCCUCCAGUAGGACACAGGACGAACUGCAAGAAACAGAGACCCCAGCUUCUCAACCCAGACAAGUGCACAUAAAGGCUUCAGAGAGCUUCUGCACAGGAACGUUCAGCCUGUCUCCGCCUACUGAGCGUCGCAGCAGCAGACAGGGGCAAGACAGGGGGAGACAUCCAAGGAGACACUCCCAAGGAAGGACCGACCUUCCCAAGCCCAAGCCAAGCCAGGUCGGGCUUCCAGAGCUCCCUGCUCCCCAGCAGGAGCGGGACACCCUGCACGCUCUGGAGAUCACACAGUACCUCUUUGAGGCUGUCGCCACGCAGAUGGAGAAGUGGUACGAGCGGAAGAUCGAGGAGGCUCGCUCCCAGUGUGAGCAGAAAGCCCAGCAGGACAGAGCAGCUCUACAGGAGCAAGUCCUCAGUCUGGAGGAGGAGCUCCGAAUGCUACGGACUAACAUACACAAGGAGAGCUAGCAGAGGGACAGGGAACGUGUGCACGACUAGUCCCUUCCGCGAAAACACAAUUACAGUAUAGGCAUUCAUAUCAAGUGUAGAUUUUUCAUCAAACGGUACAUCGUCCUAUAUGGAGUGAAAAAAGUUAAGAGUUUUAAUAUAUUUUAAAAGUUUGUUACCUUAUUAGCCCAUGAUGAAAAAAAAAUGUUGUCCACUUUGGCGCAUUUAAAGAUGCCAAGCAGCCGAUAAAGUCUGCUUUCUAAUGUGAAAGAGAGCAGACUAUGGAAGAAUGCAGUAAGCAGAUACCAAGCAAUGUUGCAUGAUUAUUGGGGGACUGCAGGUUGCAUUUCUAGUUAAUGGAUCUCAGGUGGCUCUGGAUUGGACAUUCAGACUAAAUGGGCAGCCGGAAACAAUUUGCUAAACUAAAAUAUGAAACAAAUAAAAAUAAUAUGAACCCAGAAUCCCAGAAUUAAUGCAUACGUUUUUUUUUUUUUCUGUUAACAGUUCACAUAGGUGAAUGAUAGAAAAUGUUGUUGUGUUUUAAUGGAUGAUGUACAAUCUGAGCUUUUUUGUUAAACAAGGUUUUUUAACUCCUACUAACUGGAAUAUCUACAGAAAGGUUUGGUAACUUCAGUUUUUAUAGAAAUAUUUAUUUUACUGGCACUAACAUGAAAGGAGAGUCCAAGUGUUUUUUUUACAAUAGUUUGUAUACAGUGCUAUUCAAAAACGGCAACACUUGUCAUACUAAGCAUAAUACACCUUUGCCUACACCCAUUGAAAAACACAUUGAAUUAAUUGCUACCAAUAAACGGUUAAAAGAGGAAGAAUUAUUAAAGCACAUGCUCCAGUGCAGUUUGCACAAAACAAAUGACAAAACAUGUUGAUGUGCAUGUAGCAGCCAGGACUGGGCUCAGUUCCAAUUCUCAUUCCCUUCUAAUCAAUUCCAACACAUCACUGAUUCAAACUUGCAAUCCGCAGCAUUCUGUUAAAUGAGCUUCUCACAGUGGCACCAAAGUAUUUAAACUGAAGUCAUUUAGUCAAUUAAACUAGAUUCAAAUAACAGCAGUUGAACAAUUAGAACAAUUAUUAUGUCUCUAAAAUAUCAAUUUCGAUUCCAAAGCCUUUGAAGGAAUUGAUAUUGGGAAUAGAUUUUAAAAACUAAUUGGAAUUCUGAAACAGGAAUUGAGCCCAACCCUGGCAGGAACCCAUUGUUUACCAGCUAUUAUGCUAAUAUGAACUGUCCCAUAUAUGUUUCUGUGUCAUUGUAAGACAGGGAUUUGAGUGCGGUUGCUGGUUGAGGCAAAACAAAACUGGAAAAACUAUGUUCUGUCACGUUAAUUCCUCACUAGAAGCCAUUAAAGCACCGGACAUGCCAGCCAACUUCUUCAUAACACAACAGUAAACAUAACCCUUAGCCUUACAUACAUAGAGGCUGACAAGACAGCUCUCUACUAUGGACUGAAGUGUUAAACUUCAUGACAGUGUUCAGUCUACCACGGGAUGAAUGCACUGACAAAUCCUGUUUUUUUUUUGUUUUGUUUUUUGUAGUUAAAUUGUAUAUGCAAUUUUCUAUUCUGUUUUUUAGUGCGGUAUAAAAACUGUAAAAUGCAGAUAUAAGCUUU